CUUCUGUUGCAGACUCAGUUUUCAGAUAAGCCUGUCCAAGAUCGAGGUCUGGUGGUGACAGACCUCAAGGCAGAGGAUGUGGUGCUGGAGCAUCGCAGCUACUGCUCGGCGAGAGCCCGGGAGAGAAAUUUUGCUGGAGAUGUUCUAGGCUACAUUACUCCAUGGAACAGCCAUGGCUACGAUGUCGCCAAGGUCUUCGGGAACAAGUUCACACAGAUCUCGCCGGUCUGGCUGCAGCUGAAGAGACGUGGCCGGGAGAUGUUCGAGAUCACAGGCCUCCACGACGUCGACCAAGGGUGGAUGAGAACCAUCAGGAAGCAAGCCAAGGGGCUGCGUAUAGUGCCUCGGCUUCUGUUUGAGGACUGGACCUUCGAUGACUUCCGGAGCGUCUUCGACAGUGAGGACGAGAUAGAGGAGCUCAGCAAGACUAUGGUCCAGGUGGCAAAGAACCAGCAUUUUGACGGCUUUGUGGUGGAGGUCUGGAGCCAGCUGCUGAGGCAGAAGCACGUGGGUCUCAUCCACAUGCUCACCCACAUGGCGGAGGCCCUGCACCACGCCCAGCUGCUGGCCAUCCUGGUCAUCCCCCCUGCCGUCCUCCCGGGGACUGACCAGCUGGGCAUGUUCACACACAAGGAGUUUGGACAGCUGGCCCCCGUGCUGGACGGCUUCAGCCUCAUGACCUAUGACUACUCCACGUCUCAGCAGCCUGGUCCUAAUGCCCCACUCUCGUGGGUUCGAGCCUGUGUCCAAGUCCUGGACCCCAAGUCCCAGUGGCGAAGCAAAAUCCUGCUGGGGCUAAACUUGUACGGCAUGGACUAUGCAACCUCCAAGGACGCCCGUGAGCCUGUCAUCGGGGCCAGGUAUAUCCAGAUGCUGAAGGACCACAAGCCCCGCAUGGUGUGGCACAGCCAGGCGGCAGAGCACUUCUUCGAGUACAAGAAGAGCCGCGGCGGGAGGCACCUGGUGUUCUACCCAACUCUGAAGUCUCUGCAGAUGCGGCUGGAGCUGGCCUGGGAGCUGGGCGUUGGGGUCUCCAUCUGGGAGCUGGGCCAAGGUCUGGACUAUUUCUACGACCUGCUUUAGGCUGGGCAGGCCUCACAUGGACACGGAUGGACUUUUCUAAGCCACGGAAUGACUGGUGAAAUACAGAGCUGCCAUUUGCUGUGA